AUGGACCUGAUUCUAAAUCUUUCCAUGGAAGCAAGGGCACUGCUGGCUACCAUCCUGGUGCUCCUCUACCUUUGUGGAACCUCUUCACAUGGACUUUUUAAGAAGUUAGGGAUUCCUGGCCCCUAACCUCUGCCUUUUGUUGGGACAAUGCUUAAAUAUAGGAAGGGUAGAUCAAUAUUUGAUGUAGAAUGCCGAAACAAGUAUGGGGAUAUGUGGGGGCUAUAUGAGGGGCUGCAGCCUAUCCUUGCCGUUGCAGAACCAGGCUUGAUAAAAAGUGUGCUAGUGAAGGAAUUUUAUUCUGUCUUCACAAAUAUGCGGUCUUUUGGUCAUGGAUUUAUGAAAAGAAGUAUCACUAGGUGUCAGAAUGAAGAAUGGAAGAGAAUCCGAACAUUGUUGUCUCCAACCUUCUCCAGUGCAAAACUGAAGGAGAUGUUCCCCAUCAUCCAACAUUAUGGAGAUGCACUGGUGAAACACAUUGGUCAGAAGGCAGAGGAAGGCAGGCCUGUUAACAUGAAAGAGAUCUUUGGAGCCUACAGCAUGGAUGUGAUCACUAGCACUUCAUUUGGAGUGGAGGUGGAUUCCCUCAACAAUCCCCAGGAUCCCUUUGUGAGAAACACCAAAAAGCUUUUAACAUUUGGCAUUUUCAACCCAUUGCUUUUCUCUACAGACUGGUCCACAAUAUAUGUUGCUACUACAUGGACGCAACUGGUAAACCCCAAAAUGCACAGAAGUGUGACCAGGCACACAAGGGAUCACAUGAUUGACUCUCCUGCAUCUGCUGCCACCGUGGUUCCUGCCGCCUGCGGCCUGUGUCCUCUGCAGCGGCACCGUCCUCCGUCCAUCUCCGCCGUCCAGGUUCCGUCCACCUCUGCCGUCCCAACUGAUGCAGGUACCCAUGAAAUUAAGUGGGAAUGUAUAUUUUCAGAGAAACCCACUGUUCUUAAGGUUGUGUCAAGAGUUGGAAACAGGGUUGUAAAUAUUAUUCAGAGUUGA